AUGGAGGAUCGCUCGCGAACAUACGAUGCCCGCCCUCGCGAGCGUUCACGAUCCCGCGCCCGUGAGCCGCCUCGCGAGCGUGAGCGCCAGCCGAUGCCGGAGAUGCCGCGGCAAAACGAGCGCCCACGGCUGCGCGAUAUGCGCUCCGAGACACCCGGACGCGGUCGCGCACCGUCGGCAUCCACAGCGAGCUCGCCCAUUUCCGACGCGCCAUCCUCAUACUUCGGGCGCUCAGAAACGAGCUCGCGGUCUAGCCUUGAGGAUAACAACGGCAAGCCAAUGGGGAGAGAGGAUGGGCGGCGCAGAAAUAUGCCGGGCUGGGUGGGCAACCACGAUGACUACCGACUUGACGACGAGAAUUAUUCGAACGAACAACAACUCGCGCAAACUCAGACUACUCUCGGUACUUCGCUUUGGGCGCGAGUGACCGAGGUGGCCAGUUCACUCACCGUCAACGUGAGCCAGGCAUGGGCUGGAAAUGUCCAGACAUAUAGCGGCGAGAGGACACCGCCUGGACAGGAGUCGUCGCUCUCUCGCGCCCUCAAGGCGUAUCACAUGGACAAAGCGCGCAAGCCAGAGGAUCUCCCCGAGUGGCUAUUCAGCGCUCAAGAGCGUGGUCAACGCUCACGCCCGUCCGCUUCUGCAUCCAACUCCAGGACUUCAUCCUCUCGCGAGCAAGAGGACUACGGCCAAUACGAGCCACCGCGCACCGCUCGUCCACCUCCCUCUGCAUACGCAUCUGCACCAGCACCCACAUCUUCACGCGGGUCUUUCGAUCUCGAUCGCACUCCCACUACCAAAGCUAGUAACCGUCUUCGCGAGCUGCGCGACGCGAAACGCAGUCAGGCAAUCAUGCGCUCCAAUACCAGUGAGCCCGUCGCGUCGGAAAGGGUCCAGCCGCGUACAGUGCGUGAGGAUGAGGGAAGGUGCGAACCGCCUGUGUCUCGCGCCCCGCCGCGAGCGGCUGUUGGACUGCCCAGUCGACCGGGCGCACGGAGGGUAUAG